GCUUUAAGGAGGGGGCGGGACCCAGGACGGUGGCCCCAGGGGCGGUUGCUGCGGGGACGGGGCGGUGACGCGGCCGGAGGGCGGAAGUGAGAAAGUUGUCGGCGUCCCGAGCAGAGUUGCCGGAGCGGUGCGCGCGGCGCGGCGAUGGGGGGCUCGGGCAGUCGCCUGUCUAAGGAGCUGCUGGCCGAGUACCAGGACUUGACGUUCCUGACCAAGCAGGAGAUCCUUUUAGCCCACAAGCGGUUUUGUGAGCUGCUUCCUCCGAAUCAUCGGAGCGUGGAGGAGUCACUGCAGGCACGGGUGCCCUUCCAGCAAAUCCUCAGCCUUCCAGAGCUCAAGGCCAACCCCUUCAAAGAGCGGAUCUGUGGGGUCUUCUCCACGUCCCCAACCAGAGACAGCCUGAGCUUUGAGGACUUCCUGGACCUCCUCAGUGUGUUCAGUGACACAGCAACCCCAGACGUCAAGUCCCACUAUGCCUUUCGCAUCUUUGACUUUGAUGACGAUGGAACCUUGAACAGAGAGGACCUGAGCCAGCUUGUGAAUUGCCUCACAGGAGAGGGCGAGGACACACGGCUCAGUGCCUCAGAGAUGAAGCAGCUCAUUGACAAUAUCCUGGAAGAGUCCGACAUUGAUAGGGAUGGGACCAUCAAUCUCUCUGAGUUCCAGCAUGUCAUCUCUCGUUCACCAGACUUUGUCAGCUCCUUUAAGAUUGUCCUGUGACAGGAGCUACAGCAUGUGGUCCCAGCACCGUGUCUAAGAACCUUUCCGCUGCUGAACUGUGGCUAAGACUACACCUGGCGUUGCCAGGGCCGGCCAAGCUGGCCUAGCCUGGAGCUGGCACUGCGCAGUCUCGCCCCUGGGUAGGGGAGGGCCUGCUGUGUCAAGGUCUCUCCCCUUCUCACUACCACUGUCAUUGCUCUGUUUUACCAAUCAAUAAUAAUAAAGAUUUAGACGUUUCGAUCCU